GAUGUUUUCGGUUUCUCUUCCUUUGAAGCUGCUUGCGGUUUCGGCGGUCUGGAAGCUGCAGACGAGCUCCUUCAGCAAGCAGCGUACCAAAUCGACGUAUCUCGAGCCCUCUUCUGUGCUAUGGCCAACCGUGGCGGUAAGGCCGAGCUUGUGCAUAGACUGCUGGCUUUGAGAGCACAUGUCGACCACCAGUUUCAGCAGAGCUGGUUUUCUUUACAUGGCAUCUACACUUCCGUGAGAAUUCUUCAGCAGAAAUUCGGCAAACCCACGUUUGCCAGCAGAGCUGCAUAUCAUGCGGAUGGCAUGACACCCCUCAUGGCUGCCGUCAUGUCAGGGCAGUAUGAAGGAGCUGCGGCGCUAAUCGCACAAGGGGCCAAGCUCGACUUGCGCAAUGGCCGAAAGUGGACCGUGUUCGAUUUCGCACGAGAGCAAUCGCUGCCGCACUUUCUGAUGCAGGCGCUGGAAGGACGGAUGGAAGAAGUCGAAAGAAUGUUCGCAGAUGCAAUAGCCAGCAGCCAUUUUGAGAUCUGA